AUGAACCUCCGAUUUCUGGUACCCUUCUUAUUCAUUGGUUUCACAUUUGCACAGGAUGAAGUGUCUCAGUGCAAUUACGUCGGACUUGUCAAAUGCUUCAUAAACAUUUUGGACGAAUGGGCUUGGACACUUUACGAACUCAAAGAAAACGUCGUCACUAUUACACCGGAUCAAUGUGAACACUUGAAAGAGUUGGACAAGUGUAUUAAGGAUGACCUUCCAGUUGCUCACAUGUGCUCUCACAGUGAGAUCGUCCAGGUGUCUAACACCGUAUCCGACUUGCUUACCCAUAGAAAGGAUUCAGGAUCCUUCUUGAGAAGUUACUACCUUCUCACCUACGCUUGUUCCACGGAAGGACAAGAAAUUCUCAGCAAGCAUCGUGAAUGCUUGAAAUCUGAGAAAAUUGGAGAGAUGACACUAUCCGCUGGUACCUAUCUUAGUGAGAAGUUCUUGGAGGACACCAAAGAGAAGGAUGUUUGUGACAAAGUCAACGAGAAACUUCAACAAUACAUUGGAGCUCUUGGAGGACUCUGUAGCAAGAACGAAGCCGCUCAACUGAUGUGCCAAUCUUUGAAAAACAUGUUCACGGGACUUCAUGCCGACAAAUUGGAUACUUGCGUAUUGGACUGCAAGAUUCCAGCCGAAACAAACGAGGAGAGCAAAGAAGAAGUUCAGCUUACAUCUGAUGCUCAAGACGAUGAGAACUCGGAGCAACAACAAUCGGAACAGGAUGCACUCCGACCGGCUGAUUCUUCCAGCAUAGCAUUCUCCUUCUUUUCUAUUGUAUUUUAUGUUCUUGUUAGAUAA